CGGCGAACCAGUAGGUCGGGGCUCCGCGACGGCGGCCGGCGAGGGUCAGGCUUCCUCAGGAGGCAAGACGUUGGAAUGGCCACGAGUUGGGGGAGCCUCUUGGAGGAUGAGCAGCAGCUGGAAGAGCUAGCCCAGCAGGCUGUGGACCGGGCCCUGGCUGAGGGGGUGCUGCUAAGGACCUCACAGGACCCCACCUCCUCAGACGUGGUGAGCUAUGCCCCAUUCACGCUCUUCCCCUCACUGGUCCCCAGUGCCCUGCUGGAGCAGGCCUAUGCUGUGCAGAAGGACUUCAACCUGCUGGUGGAUGCUGUCAGCCAGAACUCUGCCUUCCUGGAGCAAACUCUGUCCAGCACCAUCAAAAGGGACAACUUCACUGCUCGUCUCUUUGACAUCCACAGGCAAGUCCUGAAAGAGGGUAUUGCCCAGACCGUGUUCCUGGGUCUGAACCGCUCAGACUAUAUGUUCCAGCGCAGCACAGAUGGCUCCCCGGCCCUGAAACAGAUAGAAAUCAACACCAUCUCUGCCAGCUUUGGGGGUCUGGCCUCCCGAACCCCAGCUGUACACCGACAUGUUCUCAAUGUCCUGGGUAAGACUGGAGAAGCUGCCAAGAUCCUCUCCAAUAAUCCCAGCCAAGGACUGGCCCUGGGGAUCGCCACAGCCUGGGAGCUCUAUGGCUGUGCCAGUGCUGUGGUGCUACUGAUUGCUCAAGAGAAGGAAAGGAACAUAUUUGACCAGCGAGCCAUAGAAAAUGAGCUAUUGGCCAAGAACAUCCACGUGAUCCGGCGAAGAUUUGAGGAUGUCUCUAAAAACGGGUCCCUGGACCAAGACCGAAGGCUGUUUAUGGAUGGCCAGGAAGUCGCCGUGGUUUACUUCCGGGAUGGCUAUAUGCCCAGUCAGUAUAGUUCACAGAACUGGGAAGCACGCCUGCUGCUGGAGAAGUCACGUGCUGCCAAGUGCCCAGACAUUGCCACACAGCUGGCUGGGACAAAGAAGGUGCAACAGGAGCUGAGCAGGGUGGGCGUGCUGGAGGAGUUGCUGCCUGGCCAGCCAGAGGCUGUGGCUCGUCUUCGCGCUACCUUUGCUGGCCUCUACUCACUGGACAUGGGUGAAGAAGGGGACCGGGCCAUUGCUGAGGCCCUCGCUGCCCCUAGCCAGUUUGUGCUAAAGCCCCAGAGAGAGGGCGGAGGUAACAACCUAUAUGGAGAAGAAAUGGUACAGGCAUUGGUGCGGCUGAAGGACAGUGAAGAGAGAGCCUCCUACAUCCUCAUGGAGAAGAUUGAGCCUGAGCCUUUUGGGAAUUGCCUGCUUCGGCCUGGCCGUCCCACCCAUGUGGUGCAGUGCAUCUCAGAGCUGGGCAUCUUUGGAGUCUACGUCAGGCAGGGACAGACACUUGUGAUGAACAAGCAUGUGGGGCAUCUACUUCGAACCAAAGCCAUCGAGCAUGCAGAUGGUGGUGUGGCAGCAGGAGUGGCAGUCCUGGACAACCCGUACCCUGUGUGAGGACACAGACUGACCAGCCUGGACUUUGCUGAAGAGAUCCUCCAUCCCCUCACUUGUCAUUCCUCUCCUAGCCUUCCCCCACCCCCACCUUGGGAAGUGUCUUCUUAAGACAUCUGAGGUCUUCAGGGAAGGGGAAAUGCUGGUACCUUCCCCAACUUCUCCUUUUAAGAACCAGAAAAGAUUUGUUCUCUUAGGUGAGCUUAGGUGAGAUCUAGAGGCUUUAACAUGCUUGGGGUGUGAGAAGUUAAAGCUGCUUUGAGAUAAAGGUGACUGCUGUGGCCCUUCUGGUUUUGCCCCUUGUCAAACUUUCCAACGACAGCCAGUGCCUGACCUGGAAUGGGACCAGGCUGUAGGAGGAGGAGAGUUGAGGGACAACGCCUUUUCCUGACUCUGCCUUAAAUAAAACUACAUUGCUGAACUACAUUGCUG